AAGCUGCUUGACCUCCGACCACUAUCACUCUCUUUCUGGUCGUCUUUCAACCCAGUCUGAUUGUCGUUGCUGAUACCCUGUUUGAUCUUGUCUACUCAAUACAUGUGUUCAAUUUGAGUCUGUAUUGAAGUAAACCCGUCCCUUAACUUUCAGCAAGCCGAGAUCAACCCUCAAGACCGAAAUCCUUGGCAUCUCUUCUGGGGGCUAUAAACCCUAUCGGCCCCGCCUAUAUCGUCCUUUCUCUCGCGACGCUCUUUCACGACUUCCUACGCUCCGUUUACGACUAACGACCUCGUUUUGCACAUCUUCUUUACUUGAAUACUCCGCAGUUCACCACCAGACGGCUUUGCAAGUAUGCGGUUCUAUCCGUUCGAGGUUUCUAUACCUCAUAUCAUCUAUGCCGUCCUAGGCGGUUUCGUCGUCUUCUUCGGAAUGUUUUCCCUCUUCAUUCGAGAAAAGCUCUACAUUGGUGAAGCAUGUUGGGCGUUCCUUUUCGGCGUGGUUAUAGGUCCGUAUGCUGCCAACAUCUUUGAUCCUCGCUCUUGGGGUAGCGGCAAUGAGGAGACUAUAAACACUAUCACUCUCGAGUUCACUCGCGUCGUCCUCGCCAUCGGUGUCUUCGCUAUCGGAGUUGAGCUUCCGAAAGCAUAUAUGAAGCGACAUUGGAAGAGUUUGUUCUUCCUUUUAGUUCCGGUCAUGACAUGGGGGUGGUUCGUAUCCGCUGGCCUGAUAUAUGCGCUGAUACCAGGAUUGAAUUUCCUCUCUUCAUUGGCAGUAGCUGCCUGCCUGACGCCUACAGACCCUAUCUUAGCUGCGGCUGUUGUGGGUGGGAAGUACGCCGAUAAACAUGUGCCUGCUCAUCUUAGACAUCUACUCGCUGCAGAGAGUGGUUGCAACGACGGAGCCGCAUACCCCUUCCUCUUCAUCUCGCUAUACCUCAUCAUCGACAAGGACACUUCACAUGCGAUAUCGGACUGGUUCCUACUCUUGUGGCUCUAUCAGGUUAUCCUAGGAAUUGUAGUAGGCGCACUGAUCGGAUGGGGCUUCCGACACCUCAUGAAGUUCUGUGAACGUAAGGACCUUAUCGAUAGGCAAUCCUACGUCGCCCAAUACGUAUCCCUCGCGAUGCUCACGAUCGGUAUCUGCUCCUUACUUGGUACCGAUGACCUUCUUGCAGCCUUCUCUUGUGGCACCGCGUUCGCAUGGGAUGGUUUCUUCAACAAGCAGACUGAAGAGGCCGUGUUCUCAUCCGUCAUCGAUCUGUUGUUCAACAUCGCUGCUUUCGUCUUUGUGGGCGCAUGGAUGCCAUUCAAUGAUUUCUCUGAUCCUCAUUUGACGUUGAGCGUGUGGAGACUGAUUGUCAUUGCGAUUUUGGUCUUGAUCUUGAGGAGACUGCCCGUUAUGAUUGCGUUGUACAAAUGGAUCCCUGAUGUCAAGACUUUCCGGGAGGCAGUAUUCAGCGGACAUUUCGGACCCAUGGGUGUUGGUGCUAUCUUCAUCUCCACCCUUGCAGCAGAACAACUUCCAUCACCACGCGAACCUCCCGAAGGCCAACAGGAACUCCUCGCAGCAUCAAUUCAACCCAUCGUGGCUUUCAUGGUUCUAUGUUCUAUUACCAUACAUGGUCUUUCCAUUCCUUUCUUCUCCCUCGGCCGUCGUGUACACACCGUCUCGCGAACCUGGUCUCGACACGAUACCCUAGGUCGACAUGCCAUGCCCGAAUGGGCUACCGAUAUCCGUCGUGUUGAACGUCCAGAAGAUAUUGUCGUUAACCGUGACUUGGACAUUGAAAGGGGUGAUUCUGCGUUGGAUAAGACGCUUACUAGAAGUCGGAGAGAGAGUAUGACUGCUCAUGGAAGUAGUUCGAGUGAGGCUGAGAAGGAUGCCGGGGAGAGUAGCACUUCACCAACACAGAGUGCGGAGGAGAGAACACCUGUACAGGAGGGUGAGGGUGGGUGGGAUUCGAGGCAGGAGACACCACGUGAAGGAGAGGAAACUGUCGCAGAGUGGAUAGAGGGACCGCACAAAGUUAUCGAAAGGCGAGCUGGUCCUGGUGAAGAGGUGGAAGUCGAAGUUGUUACGAACGCGCCUGGUCCGGGAGAAACUGAUCGAAGUACUCUUCGUGUCGCAGGAGAUGCCGUACAUGAUACCGUGCACGAAAUCCGACGCAGACUAGCCAAUGCACCGGGCGAAGUCGCCCACGCGCCAGAAGCUGUCGUGCACUUUGCCGAGGAUCUGGAACGUGGAGCUGAGCAUAAAGUCACCGACAUAGAGAACAAAGCUAAAGAUGUUGUCGGAGUAGAUCACGAAACUGCUGGGGCUGGUACCAGUGCUGGACAUGCAGAGGAAGAAGAGGAGGGUUGGAUGUCAGAUCGUGAAGGUGAAGCCUCCACAGGAGGUGUCCUCCGGUCAAAACACAGGACGUCAAAGAUCAAACCCAAGUUGGCUAUAUCUCGACCUUUAAGCAGUACACCUGGGUCUCGACGACGACCGUCUUUCAGACGAGGUGUCCUGACCGGUGUACGACCACACCCAGGCCGAAGCGCUAGUGAGCCUGCGGUCUCGGACACUUCUCAUGCACCUAUUCUUGUUACCCCACCAUCAGAGGAAGAGUCGGACCAUGGUCGAGGUCGACGUCCCACUCCUAGAGAGACUCGCUCAGCCACUCCAAGUUCCCCACUGUCACCCCCGACUCCGCGUUCAUUACGACAUGCACGCAUAGACUCGUUACGUUCACUUCGACCUGGAUCGCGAGAACUCUCACCCGCUCGGUCUAUCCGGUGGGCAGAUGAAGAGGAAAGGAAUGGUGUAAGGUCUCCGUCUUCACCUAGUACGCCUUUGCCUGGGAGUCAGGUGCCUUCUGAUGAUGAGGGUAAACCGGACAAGUCGGAUGAUUCCCCUACGAGUCAGACUCAGGUCCGGUUCGAUCUCCCUGAUCCGCCUGCUAGGGAACAUCGAUAGUAUCGGUGACAUUGUCGUGAAGGGGUAAUGAACAGUGUAUAGAUAGAUACCUCUUAUACAUCACUAGGCGGUGCUGGAUAGCCCAAAGGACCAACUUGGUUAUGUGAUUGAUGGACGUUGGAUUUUCUUAUAUCUCUAGAGUUGUUAGUUGCUUUCUCUUUAUCUCUUGCAUUAUGCUCACUGUAUCACUUUGAUAUCCCCGAGUAUCGUUGCAUAUUCAAAAUCCCUCCCUUCUAUCUGUUUUUCUUCUGCGAUUCUUGUUACCCUUUGCUCACGAGCUCAUCAUGAUCAUGAUCCCUACACCAACAAGUAUAUAUUGUAUUUCUAAAUGUGCAUGUCUUGAUUGGCAUUGGUCUGUUGGUAAUUGCAUAUGCAUAACUUGACAGCCACCUUCGUGCUCUAUGGCUGGUGUCUCACACGUGUAUAGGAAGAGAAGUCAUACUGCUUCCUCACGCAU